UAAAUGUUAUUUUAAUUGGUUCAAUCGGUCGUGUGUGUGACGGUUGGAGUACAAAGGGAAAAUACCGACACACAGCGUAUUUUUUUUUAUUAGCCAUAUAUUGGCAUUUGGUGUGUGUAUGUCCCACUCCAGUGUGUUAAUAAAUAAAAAUGAUGACAAAAUGCACAACAAGCAGCCGGUAUCCAUACACACAAACUGUGCCGUUUCAUUUUUUUGUGGAAUGAAAUUGUGAUUACAAUUUAUUUAGACGAGUCGUCAGAUCGUUUUGGGCCUAUUGAAAUAAUUAAAAUUGAUCUUAUUGGAAUUGGAAAAUAGUGCGAAGACAAUCAAACACACACACGAAAAUGAUGGCGACGCUCAUCUGCUCUCUAUUCGUCGAUAUAAUUGACUUGCAUAUUCUUAAUGAAUUCUUUUGAAAUGGAACAAUUGAACAAUAACAAUAACAACGACCAAACAUCCGAAUGUCAAACUAUUAUCGUUGAUAUUUGAGAGCGAAAGUGAGCGAAAUAGAAGAAAAAAUGCGAGAUAUCAAAUGUGCGGAAGUGAGAGCGAGAAGGGGGAAUAUGCAGAAGCUAGAGUGAGAAAUAGCAAGAAAAUGAGAUAACAAAAGCCAGAGUGUAUGGUAACGAAUGAGCGAGAAAACUCCAUAGCAAUAUAAAGACCGAGAGAUAAAAACGCAAAUCAAGUGCAAAGAAGAAACAAUAAUAUCGGAACUACUAUCGAGUUGUGAGCCUCGGAGAGCCCGCGUUGAGAAUGAUUCAUAUUUUGAUGAAAAUGAAGUAGAAAGCGUACAAAUUCGUAGCUAAAAAUAGUCGACCGCCAGGCAAACAAAAACAAACAAACACACACAAUUCAUAAAACCAUUCACUUUUUUGUUGUUGUUGCUCGCGAUAACAGAGUCAUAUAGACUCAGCACAGAGAGUGGGCAUAUUCUUCUUGGUGAACUAUCCUAUCUUUCUCUCUGUGUGAACGAAAAAAAAGAGCAAAUGCCAAAAAACCAUAUGAAAAGUAAUAUAAAUGAAUGUCAUUUUUUUUCGGCCAAUUUUAAUAGCCGAAAAUAUAGUGUGGCAAAAAAAGAAAGAGCAACUGAAAACUUCCUUGAAAUUCCAAGGCAUUCAAAGAGUCAUUACGACAACGAUGACGAUGACGACGUGCCAUUUGUGCGUAUACAAAUGCCGCCGCCGCUGCUGCUGCUGAUCGCAUAUGAAUUUUUCGUUUUCAUUAUUUUCGCUUUGUUUGUUUAUUUUUCAACUAAAAGCAUAUGCUGGAAGUAUUUAAAAAAGAAAUACACGCUAGUUAUAUUAUUGUUUACAAUACCGUGUUUUACUGAUAUAUGUAGUAUAUUUGCCGAUAUGUUGAGAACGAGUGCAAGUGAGAUAGAGUGAUAGUCGUUGUCGUCGUUGUUCGUUGCUAUUGUUGUUUUAUUUUUUUCGGAAUAAAAAAAAACCGAUAUUUUUACUGUUGCACAUAUUUAUUGAAACGCACACCACUCUCUCACGCACACAUACACUCACUCACUCACUUACGACACAGAGAAAAAUAUGUGUAUGCAAGAUAUGAACGGGGAACCGCGUCAAUUUUAAGUGACCGCAACAUGUGUCGAUAAGCCAGUCCAGUUCUCACUCUCGACUCCAUUCAGUCAGUUGAUUCUACUUUGCACUUGUUUUGUUUUAUUUUUAUGCUCUUGGUUUUGUUCGUCGUUUCUUUUCGCCUGUACAUUUUUUUUUUCUCUUCCUCGUUUUAUAUCAUUUUAACAUUAACAUCGCGAUAUAUGCGUAUAGUUUGUUUAGUGAUAUCGAUUGGUUUGCAUCGACCGAACCAUCCAAUUUCAUUCAUUUUUUUUAUUCUCAAACGUUUCGGUUGUUAUUGUGUCCCUUUGUUUCGCGUGUUCAAAAACAUAUGUCAGUCAAACGAAGACAAAAUUAGUUGAUUGUGACAUAUUUCAAAUGUUCCGUGCAUCGAAACUGAUUGAGUAUGAGAGCAGAGCUAGAGAAAGCCGGCCAAAACGCACACUUCACGCAAUUCAAUCGUAUUGAGAUGAGACAUCACUUUGACCGAGUUUCAUCGAGAUACGAAUAUUUUGGCCGCAUUUUCAAUACAUUUUCUGUUCGGUGUUUACAAUUUGUUUGGAUUUUGAUCACAGUUUCUUGUGGUAAAAUAUCGAUCGGUAGAAAUACCGAAAAUCAUAUCAAGAAAAUUCCCGUUUCUUAUUCGGAUUGCAUGUGGACUAUGAAUUUCUACUCGACGAAUUGACUUGAAAAACAUUUUUGAAAUCCGUUCAUGGUUGUUUGGUGAAAUUUGGAAAUUCGAAUUGAAAUCAUUUUUAGCUCGAAGUUUCGUCGAUGUAAAUAUUGCAUGUGAUAUGCGAAAGCAAUUACGAGAUUAUUGUUGAACUUUUGUACAAACAUUUACGAUAUAGAAAACAACAAGUACAUUGAAAUAAGUAAAAAAGAACAAAACGAAAAGCAAAGAAGAAUAAAAGAGCAAAUUAGUACCAUAUUUAAGGCGAAAAAAUACAGAAAAAAAUCUCAAAAAUCCACUGGAUUGAAUAACGCUGCAUUCAUUAGGACUUGUCAAAAGCAAAAAAAAACACACCGAAUCAGACCGUGUAUAUGAAAGUGCUUCCACAUAGAAUAAUUUGUGGGUGAUUGAGUGAGCGAAAAAGAAAACUUAUGUACAAAAUGCCGGAUCGGUUCAAAGUGACGAAAACGGAUGCACCCGAAAUUGAUGCCACAUACAAUACCAUUUUAAAGGAUGAAGAUGCUGUUCUCGGCAAACUGCUACCACCAUCAGCCGGCAACAAUGAAACCAGCGAAAAGAAAGCAGAAGCCACCGACGAUCAGCCAUUCGUUCCGAACAAUGAAAAACCAACGGAAUAUGAUCCCAAUUUGUAUCUGUAUUCGGAUGAGCUCGACACUCGCCCACGAGCAUCGACAUUUGUAUCGUCGUUUGUUAACUACCAAAAUACAAUUCCAGCCGCUACAGAUCCAGAUGCUAAACCUCCUCAACCUUCAGCUCGAAUGGGCACUCUGGUUGGCGUAUUUCUACCAUGCAUUCAGAACAUAUUUGGUGUCAUUCUAUUUAUUCGUUUAACAUGGGUCGUUGGAACGGCUGGUGCUAUUUGUGGUUUCCUCAUCGUUCUUUGCUGCUGUUGUGUGACAAUGCUAACGGCAAUUUCAAUGUCGGCCAUUGCUACGAAUGGUGUGGUGCCGGCAGGCGGGAGCUACUUCAUGAUAUCCAGAUCGCUGGGACCUGAAUUCGGUGGUGCGGUCGGGCUACUAUUUUAUACGGGCACAACACUGGCAGCGGCUAUGUACAUUGUUGGUGCCGUUGAAAUUGUACUGACGUAUAUGGCACCAUUUGCGGCGAUAUUUGUUGAUAUAGAUGAUCCAGAAAGUGCGAUGUACAACAAUUUUCGUGUCUAUGGUACAUUUCUACUCUACUUCAUGGGAACCAUUGUGUUUAUUGGCGUAAAGUUUGUGAAUAAAUUUGCUGCCGUUGCAUUAGCGUGUGUUAUUUGUUCCAUAAUUGCCGUGUAUGUCGGUAUUUUUGAUAAUUUUUAUGGCAACGAGAAACUUUACAUGUGCGUACUUGGAAAACGAUUGCUCAAAGACAUGAAGUUAGAAGACUGCCACAAAACGGUAGGAGGAUUCUUGCAUAAUACAUACUGUAACGCAACUACCAGAUUAUGUGAUCCAUACUACGAGACAAACAAUGUGACGGUUGUGAAAGGCAUCAAAGGUUUGGCGAGUGGUGUAUUCUUCGAUAAUCUUGGCGAUUCAUUUCUCGAAAAAUUCCAAUUCAUUGCGUACGGAAAAAAUCCAAAAGAUUAUGAGCGUAUGUCACAGUCUUACAACCAAAUUUAUGCGGAUAUCACGACAUCGUUUACCAUUUUGAUAGGAAUUUUCUUCCCAUCAGUGACUGGUAUAAUGGCUGGAUCGAAUCGUUCUGGUGAUUUGGCUGAUGCACAGAAGAGCAUUCCGAUUGGAACGAUUUGUGCAAUAUUGACCACAAGUACUGUGUAUUUAUCUUCCGUCCUUCUCUUUGCUGGCACUGUUGACAAUCUGUUACUUCGUGAUAAAUUUGGAGCAUCAAUUGGUGGUCGAUUGGUUGUGGCAAACAUGGCUUGGCCCAAUGAAUGGGUCAUAUUGGUGGGCUCAUUUUUGUCAACACUUGGUGCUGGUUUGCAAAGUUUAACCGGUGCACCGAGACUGCUACAAGCGAUUGCCAGAGAUGAUGUGAUACCAUUUUUAGCGCCAUUUGCCGUAUCGUCAAAACGCGGCGAACCAACCAGAGCACUUAUCCUAACGCUGGCCAUUUGUCAAUGUGGCAUUUUGCUUGGUAAUGUCGAUAUAUUGGCUCCGUUGUUGUCCAUGUUCUUUUUGAUGUGCUAUGGAUUCGUGAACUUGGCCUGUGCCGUACAAACGCUGUUACGAACACCAAAUUGGCGACCUCGUUUCAAAUUCUACCAUUGGUCAUUGUCGUUGUUUGGCCUAUGCUUGUGCAUUUCCAUAAUGUUCAUGACUUCUUGGUAUAUGGCACUGCUGGCGAUGACAAUGGCCGUUAUUAUUUAUAAAUACAUCGAAUAUCGAGGAGCCGAAAAGGAAUGGGGUGAUGGUAUUCGGGGAAUGUCAUUAACCGCAGCUCGAUAUGCUCUACUUCGUUUGGAAGAGGCUGAACCGCACACCAAGAAUUGGCGACCACAAAUUUUGAUACUGGUUAAACCGACCGAAGAAAAUCUACCAAAAUAUCGAAAACUAUUUUCGUUUGCAUCGCAACUGAAAGCGGGCAAAGGAUUAACGGUGUGCGUGUCAGUUGUCAAUGGUGAGUACACAAAGAAGUCAAACAAAGCGGCCGAAACAAAGCAAAAUAUUCGACGUAUUAUGGAAGAAGAGAAAGUCAAGGGAUUCGUUGAAGUUCUUGUCGCUCGCAACACCGUCGAUGGUCUGUCCUCAAUUGUUCAAACGAGUGGUUUGGGUGGCUUAAAACCAAACACAGUAAUUCUGGGAUGGCCAUACGGAUGGCGUCAAAGUGAGCACGAUCGCACAUGGAAGUCAUUCUUGGAAACGUGCCGUGUGUGCGCCGCAUCGCGAAUGGCACUCGUCAUUCCGAAAGGCAUCAACUUCUUCCCCGAUUCCACUGAAAAGAUUAGGGGCUACAUUGAUAUUUGGUGGAUUGUACACGAUGGUGGUUUGUUAAUGUUGUUGCCAUUCCUGUUGAAACAGCAUCGCACGUGGAAAAAUUGUAGAAUGCGCAUCUUUACCGUUGCCCAAAUGGAAGACAAUUCGAUUCAAAUGAAGAAAGACCUCAAAAUGUUCCUCUAUCAUUUGCGCAUAGAAGCCGAAGUUGAAGUCGUUGAAAUGAUGAAUAGUGAUAUAUCGGCUUACACGUACGAACGAACACUCAUGAUGGAACAACGAAAUCAAAUGCUUCGAGAGCUGCGCUUGAAUAAGAAAGAGAGCCUUGGUGUGGUGCAAGCCUUGGUGGACUUCAGCGAAGCAAGCGGAGAGGAUAGUCCAUUGGUACAAACUAUAGUCGACCAUCAUCAUGCCAGCGAUCAAAAACAAGCCACCAAAGUUCGCUUCUCCGAACCAGGCGACGAAAAAGACGUUCACGAUGAUGAUGGAAAAGAACAUGACACAAACAAAGAGGCCACCGAAAAAGGUUCAGUUGAAUAUGACACCGAGAAAGAAGCAGCCGACAACGGUGAAAAAGACUCGGACAGCAACAAUCUAAGCAAUCAUUCGUCGCCAAAUAAAUCCGCACAUAAUGCUAGCGAACUUAAUGAAAAAGACGAAUUGAAAUUGUCGAUGGACGCAUCCAAUGACAAAGAUUCAGACAAGCAAUCUGACAAUGAAGAGAAUCCAAAACAAAGCAUAAAACCAGACGAAGACAAUGUGCGUCGUAUGCACACGGCAGUCAAAUUGAAUGAAGUUAUUGUAAACAAAUCACACGAUGCCCAAUUGGUGAUUUUGAAUUUGCCCGGACCGCCAAAAGACACACGAUUAGAGCGAGAAAGCAACUACAUGGAAUUCUUAGAGGUGCUAACCGAAGGCCUAGAACGUGUUCUGAUGGUGCGAGGCGGUGGCCGAGAAGUGAUCACCAUUUAUUCUUAAGUUGACGUGGUAUCGCCGUGUCGCGCAACAAAACGAAAGUGGGGAAAUUGAGGAAAAAAUCAAACAACAACAAAAAAAACACUAGGAAAGAGUAAACAAAAGAAGGAAAAUAAAGUAGUAUGAAAAUGCGUAAACCGUGCGCGCACGAGACAACAUAGAAGGAAAUAAACAUUUGAACAGUUAACGUCGAACUAACAAUUUAUAUACACAUAUACAUAUGUGGGCCGCGAGCCGUACAUGCCAAAUCCAACUAAACAAACAAACAAAAAAAUCAACUAACCAAAGUAUAAUUAUUUUUAACUUUCCUUUCAAAAAACACACACAUACAAACAACAACAACAACAAAAACAUUUUUAAAUUAAACAAAUUUAAAAAGAAUAAAAAAAAUGGAGAAAACAAGCAGUCUUUUGCUUUGUACAAAAAAAAAGUGAAUAAACAAAUGAUUUAAAAAGAAAGAAAGAAAAAAAAUAUAUUUAAAAUAAACAAAAAUCUGUCAAACGUAUGUCUGUCGCUUCGACAGUGAGUCUAAUUGAAAACAACAACAACAAACAACAAUAUUUUAGCGUGCAUCUCAAACAAACAACAAACAUUUAGCAAAUUGAAUUUAAUUAAACAAAAGUUUAGCUCUAGUAAAAACAAAACAAAAAGUAUAAAGCAUAUUUAAAGCAAAGAAUAAACAAAAAAAUAUUUAGGAAAAUUAUUGAAUUAAAUCAAACACACACAACAGAGGAAGUUUAGCAAAAAAAAAAUGAAGUAAAUAAAUGAAUGAGAAAGUCGGGCGUAACAGAGAACCAGAGAGAAAUAUAGAAAAAGAGUGAGAAUAUUUCAAGUCAUGGAGAUACAGUUCGUGCCCUCACGGUAGAGUUAUUUCGCGAGAAAUAAUGUAUGAGGCCAGGAUCGCUAGGACACACACUCACACACACACACACACACACACACGCACUAGUAAACAUUUUCGAUUACUAAAAAUUAUUUCUCUACAUAUCUACGCGCGUCCCCCCUCGCAUGUUCUUCAUAGGCAAGUUUUAAUUUCCCAAUUUUGGCCACCCAUUCCCAUCUGGGAAUUAACACAACUUCUGAUUGCUCAUUGAAUGUUAACAAGAAACAAGGAUUUAAAAAAAAAUCAAGUGAAAUAUACCUCAUUAGUUUUCAAAAUGGAAUGAUUUUCGUUUCGGUGUAGCACGAAUGACCAUUAGUUAUUUUUCUGCAACAAAAAAUCGUUUGUUUUUCGUUUUUUUUUCCUAAAUAAAUGUGUUUUGAUGAAUCAAAAACAAAACAGGAGGAGAAUUAAAAGUGGAAGAAGAUUUAGAGUAAAUUACAAAAAAAACUUAACUGUGUACUGUGAGCGCACGCAAUAACAUAACCCGUUAAAGUACACGCGCGCACCGAAUAAAUGAACAAAACCAUAUUACUUAAUUUGUCCUGUGCCACUUAGUAAAUGAAUGUGAUUAAGGGGCUCGAGGGAGCCAGGUCACUUGGACUGGGGCAAACCAUUUAUGCUGAUGAUGGUGAACGCUAUACGUAGACCCUAAGAGACACAAGAAAUUUAUUCAAUUUUUAAACGUCGCCAUCAGUAAACACACCGUUACUCAUCACUCGCUGCCGUCUCAUCACAUUCAUUUACUGAGUUUUUGCGUGCGCACAUUUCUUUUUUAUACUAAAACCAAUGAUAUGAUGUUCGAAUAAGUUAACCAAACAAAAAAAAAUAUAUUUUUUAAAUUUUAAGCAAAUUUCCUCCACAACAAAAGAAAAAAACGAGUUAGUCGAACAAAUAAUUUUAGUUAUCUGAAAUGUUUAUGGGUCAGAUGUGACAAAAAAAACAACAAACAAACGUAUAUUAUUAUAUAUUUAAUAUAGUAUACAAUUCACAGCUAACAAUUAACACACAAGCACACAUACUUGCAUGCAAUACAAUAUGGUACAAUCGAGCAAUUGAAACACUCCAAGAACACUUGGUUGAGACCAGAAGAGAAAAAAAACCAAAAAAUCAAAGAAUUCUGUUGCUCCAGUUUUAGGUGAGGUAUGAAUGAUUAAAAUAUUCAUAUGAUGUUGGCAGCUGUCGAUUAUUUCGUCUACUUCAUUCAACUGUUUUUUCCUAUUUCGAAACGAAUUUUACGCGACGCUGUGAUAUCAUCACCAAAACACUUUACCGGAAUGUUACACAUCCGUACUGUAGUGUUCGGAAUGUUUUAGUCAUUCGACCGGUCAAGGUCUGACCGAUGCCCAAGCUUGAGCGACCAUCAACAACGUGUUUAUAUUUUGCGUCGAAUUGCAUUACUCACCGAAAUUCAGCCGAAAAUACAAUUGUAUGUGUAAUCAAAGUCUAUUUAAAAACGAAACUAGAUCCAGUUGUGUGAAAAUCGAUGACUUCAGAUUGGAACGCAACAUUUCGGACCAUUUUUUUUCUAUGAGCAUGAGUUUGACUUUUCCAGGAUUGACGACCUCUGUUUCAUAAAGGUUUUGUUUCUAUUUUCCCGUCCCAGGUUUUGGGAAUAAGAUUGAAUUUUGACAUUUUAAAUCUAAUGUUUGAAUUUGGUAGCUGCACUUGUCUACCAGUAUUCUUCAUGGUGAUUCAAGGCAAUUGAAUUCAGUCCCUUGCAAGAAAAGACGGGUACGAAAAGAGGUUAAUAUUUUUAACCAAAUGCCAUAGUUUGGAGAAUGAACAACGGUAAGAUGCUGAAAGACAUGGAAUGAUCACGCACACUGAUUAUGAUAUUGAAUCGCAUUUUAACACACACACACUCUUUAAAUAACCGAUCCUCUAGAAAUCUAUGAAUUUUUUCAUUCAUUUUUCCACCACAUUUACCUUGUCUGCAAAAUUGUGUUUUACUGCAAACAAAACUCAAAUCCAGUUAUCCAUUGAAUACUUAACCAAUUCUAACCCGUAGCAAUAGGCAUUGUUCAUUCGAUCGUUGGUUCGUUCAUAACAAUACUCAUAUUUUGUAGCCAUCGUCGUUAAGCCGUAGUCAGUUUGAAGCCGAACAAUUACUCCGAGUGAUAAUAAGCAGAAAUUCCAAAUAAAAAUUGACUUACGAAAAAACGCUAUUGUUUUGGCAGCUGUAAAUGAUUUUCAAUGGCUGCGUAGCGAGCAUGCUCUUACCUAAUUAUCUAUUGAUAAUGGCAUUUCAGACUAGGCUUAAUUCGAAACACGAUAUUUUCAAAUGAAAUCAAGGAUUUGGAAGAAAUAUGCGGAAUUGACUUCAAUAAACGCAUUCGAAAAACUUGGAAAUUAAAUGACUUCGAUAGAAGAUUUGGACAGAAAUGUGAAAUCAGGCUUCGAAAAACAUUGGAUUCCAAUCAUUAGAAACCGGCUUGAAGUAAGAAUUUUCAAUGGCGCUGAACAAAAUCAAGGCGCUAGUUUAAGAUUAUUUGAAAAAUGCAGUGAAAAUGUUCUGCAAAUUCUAGCUCAGCACGCCCAUUUCGUGUGUAAAAGUAUUUCCUUCUGAGCUUGUAUAUAUGGAGCAAUUCCACAUUCGAUGUUUCCAAAGUAGGAAGCUGGUAAGGUGUCUCCUGUACUUACCUAUUAUGUUCUUGUUCCAACAGUCAUUGGAUCCAUGCUCUGGGCCAUUUCAGUGCUCUAUGGAUCGAAGCCUAUUAGAUUCUGACCCCAAAUUUUUCAGAUCGAACUAUUGAAUAUGAACGUAAUUCAUGGGAAAACGAACGAUGUUUACAACAAUUGAGAACCUAUUCAGAAUAAAAAUUCGUCGAAAACCAAAACUUCAGAAAUAUUUUGCUACGAAAACCAAAUCCAUUGUCGAUGGAAAAUGUUCAUCGAUUCGAUGGGACAAUACCAACAUAAAACACCGUAAUAACUCUGACUAUUUCUUCUACUCUACGUAGAUAUACCGUUGAUAUUUUUUGCCAAACCCAUACACAUGCAAAAAAUGGUUUAGUGUUGGUAGUGAUAAAUCGUAAUUUAACCCCGUUUGCUAUUGUCGAAUGUAUAAUGGUUUGUUUUUUUGUUUGGUGUGUUGUUGAAUAAAACAUAUAAAUUAAUCGAUUGGUCAAUGGUCCUUCAGUUGUGUGUUUGUGUUUAUAUCUGACAAUGGCAAUGAUAUUCAGUCAGAAUGCAUUUUUCAUCGUGUCUACAAAAAAAAGCAACAAAACAACAACGGUCAUCCUGAAAAGAAAUUAAAACUCGUCCUUGUCACAUAAAUUGUGCGCGUUGAAGUAUUGUCGUGGUUGCACAAGUGUGAAUGUGUUGGUAUUUUUGGAAUAUAAAUUGCAUCGAGAAAAAAAAACUCCAUUGCCCAAAGUGGAUAUUCAUUAAUAUUUCAAUCAAAUAUUCCAUCAACUAAUUAUAUUGUAUCGGUCGAUUCGAUAACUCGCUCUCUCCCUCUCCCUCGACAGAAUCGCACCGAAAUUCCAUUAAAUAUUGAACAAUGAGAGCCAUCAAUUAUUAUAUUGUGCAAUUAACAUUCACAGUGUGUUUGUGUGUCUGUUUGUGUAUGCUGUCGAUUCGACAAAUUGUCGUUGAGCAGUGCACACAAUUGUGAUUGGGUCAGCUUUUGUAUUUAUGAGCCGAGGAUACUGAGCACGGCUGGUCAAUGCAAUUUAUCAACACGAACAAAAUGCACUUUAAAGUGAAUUUAUUCAUGCAAUUAUCUAUCUAUGUGCACUCGAAAAUGAGUUUUAUGCUCGAAAGGAGCUCAUUUAGAUAAACGAUACCAGCUUUGUUGACUCUGUACCAUACGCAUAUUGUGUGAACAUGAGAGGGUCAACAUUUUCAACAAUGUGAUGAUUGAAGAAGAAUGGAAGGAGAGAGAGAGAGAAUGUCUUUGACUCUUUUCAGACAAUUCUUCUUUAAGGUGUUUUCGGAAAUCGGAAGAUUUCCUCCAGAGGGAAUCGUUUCCUUUUUACAUUGCAAUGCCUCACUUUGAAAUUUGUUUGGAAGCAAAUCUUCAAGGACUUUCUGUCUAAUUCGCUUUUAGGAGGAUUAUUUCGCACGAAAUUCUUCGCCUAUUUGGAUUGGUCGAAGAUAUGCAAUCGAAAAAUUUGAUGAAGAUAGAGAUAUGCAAUUCAAAUUAGAAGAAGAAAACCGAAAUUCAAAAAAGAAUCUUAAGUUGCCUUCUAUUUGUUCGAACCCGUCUAUUAAUAAAACCCUUUUUGUUCAAACUCUUUUGUUUGGGUUCUCUCAUGUUCACAAUGUGAACUUCACAUCAUAGAGUUUGAACCAGAAAUAGAGCACUUUUUUUGUUCUAAACUGUUGUUUGUUAUCCUAUUCUAAACGCUGUUUAGACCAUGGUCUAAGUGAGUUGCAACUCUCGCGAGUAUCUCAAAAUUAGACGAUCUUCAAAAGGGGUAAAAAAAAAAAUUGGAUUAUUGAAAAAAAAAUAGUUCCGGAUCAAUUUCAAACGAGGUUCAAAACUUGAAAUUCCAAAAUAUUGCAACCGAUUUGUAAGAAUCGUUUCGAUUCACACAACUAAAGUUGAUACAAUCCAAUACCAAAUACCAGCCAUAAAACCGUUGCUGCAAGAGCAUAUACCACUAGCCCCACCUUGUGGCACCGAUAGUAAAAUCCUGUGUGUUACAAUGCAUUUUUCAACACAUUACAAUCGGUGCCACCAGGAUCUCCUGUGGUAUAUUGCUGUUGCAGCAACCUUGUGCAAGCCACACUCAUCUCACCGCGACCACACUCACUGAAUUGUCACACACACAACAUUUUGAAUGCCUUCCAAAGCGACAAAACACUUUGCAUCGAUACAUGGCGGCAAAGUAAGAAACAAAACAAAUAUCUCGUGCACACAAAUAGAAACGAAUGUAUUGGAAAUAGAAAUGUGUGGUAUUAAAUGAAUUAAAAAAACACAAUUUCAGAUAAAUAAGAAUGACUUAUGUAGAAACUACAACAUCAACAAAAUAAAGAAAAAAAAACUGUUUGAUUUAUAAAGAAUUUUAUCGAUAUAGUGUUAUAAGAACAAUUAAAUAGGAGUCUAUUUACAAAUAAAAGAAGAAACUUUAGGAGCAACUAAUCCUAAUCGAUUGGAAAAUAUAGUGAAAAAAAAUGAAAUCAAUUGCAUUCGAAUGUUACCUGAUUAAAAACAAACAAGAGAAUUAAAACAAAAAACAAAAUGAAACUUAAAACUAUAUAUAGAUUUACACUCACAUGACAAAUGGAUAUAUUAAAAAAAAAAAAAAACAGAAGAGAAAUACAUGUUAUUGACGAAAUGAACAAUCUACCGACAAAUGGAACAAACCAGAGAAAUUAUUUAGCAAAGAAAGAAAAAAAUGAAAAAAAAGGGAAAUUAUUUAUCUUUUUUUUAGGUCAUAAAGACAAGAAUAUGUUAAAAACUAUAUAUGAACUUCUAUUGAUUUGUUUUUACUGUCGUUUUUACACACAACACACGCGGUUUUUCAAUUUCUAUUUCUGUUAAAAUGCUGUUAUGUGUUGUUUGGCCCAGUUUGAGCUCUUUGUGCGGACCAAUGUUGACAGUGUAUUUCACAUUUAGCCAAAAUGAUGUUAUUUUUUUUCUUCUUCUUGGGGGCGAACGGGCGCAAAAUGCCAUAAUGGCUUUGAGACACGAGUAUAUGUGUUUUAUGUUGCGUCAAAAGCUUACGAGAAAAUGAAUGAGGCAGCAAAAUGUGUAAAUGAGUGGGGCCACCUCUUAUUAUUGGCCCAUUGGGAGGCUGGAAAUGCUGGAAAACAUAAGUUGACCAUUUACGAGAUAGAGAGAUGACGUGAUGAUACACAGUAUUUUCAAUACACACAUACGCAUCAACAGUAUGAUGGUUGUUAUGUUUUUACCGUGUAAAAUGGUCCAAUUCCAUCCGCACUGUGGAUGAAAUGAAAUCCUCAUUAUCAAUUCCAAAACACGUUCCACCGUCGUCGUCGUUGUUAUCGUAACCAAGGGAAAAAGUACUUUAUUUCUAACCACCCUACUCCUCCCUAACGAAAAGACGCAUCUUCGGCAUGACGACCAAUAUCUUUUUGGGGACUUGAAACUUUGCAUUUAUUUUGCAAAAUAACACAGCAGCUAUAUCACGCAGCGGACGCAUAAGAUCGUUUCGCACGCCAGUUGUUAUAGUCUCUAUCUCGUUCGACAGAACGAAAAAAAAGAAGUAAAACACAGCCACAAAGCUAUACACAAUCGAAAACGGAGGUAAUUUUAAAUUAUGAUUUUUCCACCAGAGAAAAAUAGAAUAUUUCCACUGAGAGCGAGACGUGUUUGUUUUUUUCUCAGGCCAAAUUGGAUGUUGGCCUUGUUUCCCUAUACACACUCAUACACAACAAAAACAACAUACCAAACUUCCGCAUUGACAAAGACAUUUGGGCACGCAAACAAUGGAGGAGACGAAAAAAGAAUUGAAAAUAAUCGCCUAUAAGAACAAAAAAAAAUGCAUUUGUUUUUCUUCGACAAGAGAAAAAAAAAACAAAAACAAAGAAAAAAAACCAACAAAAAGUGAUAUGUUAACGGAAGCAGAUUUUUUUAAUGGAGACAUGAAAGAGAAAGAAAGAGAGAGAAAAAGCGACAGUAGUUUCUAUCUAAAUGUUAAAUUUUCUUGAGAGAUUUAAUUCAAAAUGAACAACCACACCAUUAUUUACACUAUAUUAAAACGAAAAAUCGAAUCGGAAAAUGAAUUAAGAAAUUUAAAAAGACACAAAAUAGAUCGUAAACAAUCGAAUAAAAUCAAACUUUAACUAUUUAACAAAACAAAACAAAACUGAACUAAUAUAUAGAUAUAUAUAUAUAUAUAUUUAGAAGAAACGAAAGGAAUGAAGCGAAUAUAUAAUUAUAGCCUGUGUAGUGUAACACACAUUGACCCAAUGUGAAAUGUGAAUACGUUGUGUUUGCUUUCGAAAGUUCCGUUGCAUGCCAUCGGCUAAUUUGCCGUUGUGCAGACACAACGCUUCAAAAUUGUGCCAACACUUUGCCAAUCAAUUUCGAAAUGCAUUCAAUGUUGCCCCCAUUCGGACACCAACCAAACACGGAAUCCAUUCAUUUGGUGGUCAAUGUUUGUGUCUCUUGUGUGCAUGUGUGUUUGUGGCGGUUGGUUGAGCUAUUCAACAUUGGAAAUUGUUUGGUUGAAUUGUUUCGAGACACAAGCAAUACACCAACUCCAUACAUACACCACACCACACCACACCACACAACACCACACAGCAAUCUAUCAAAGAACGCCCCUGCAGCGACUGUUACUUAAACAAAUUGUGCAUGUAAAGAGAACAACAAACAACAACAAAAUGUUAAGCAAAUUUACUUGAAAUAUUAUUUUAUCAAUAAUUUUAUAUAUUAUAGUUGAAUGAAAGAUGAUGAGAUAGAAGAAGAGCAAAGUUUGGCGAGAAAAAAGAAACAGUGAGAAAGUGUUCAAUCGUCUGGUCAAGCCCGUGCAAUUUUUAUUCUCAAUCCCUCACACAGCAUUGUUUAACUUUAUCACCCCCCCCCACCUCCCCUUCCCCCCCACCCAAACUCUCCACAUCACAUUAUCGAGAAUUCUAUAGACCGCAACCAGCGUGAAAACAAACAGAAGAAUGAGAAAUACAAUUCGACUGCAAACGAUUUGUGUGAAGCGAAAUGCAAAAAAGUGUGAGAGCUUUUAUUUUGCACGAUAAUUUAGAAUUAAAUAUCAAUCAGAAUUCAUAAAUGCACCACACAAACACACACGCACACAGUGAUGAAUCUCAACGGAAUGGAAUAUCAACUCCGUCAUGCACACGAUAUACUGGAAAUGAAGUUCAAUCGUGUUGAAAUUGAGUUAAAUUGACAGCUAUCAACGGGAAAUACCGCAAAUUCAUCGCAUUUUGCCAAUAAAUCUCGUAUCAAAUUGAUCGUAAUUUUGCUCACUGUAUGUGUGUGCAUUUCAUUCUGGCAGUGUGUGGAUUUAAUUCGGAUGGAAUGUUCGAAAAUGCUUGAAAUUAUGGGAGUUUUCUUCGAAAAAAAAGGACGCAAAGAAACACGCUCUGUUCAACAUCUGUCGAAAUCAAAUAAAUCAAGCUCAUCACUAAUACCGACAUGUUGUGCAUGCAUUGGAUAUUAUUGCACACAUGACGUUACCACAUUGCAUUUCCCGGUGAUUUCAAGCGUUGCCAUAAAUUAUAGCCACAUACUUUGUAUGGAGCAUAGGUAUGCAAAUUCCAAUUAUCGGCUGCAUAAAUCACCUAUGCUCUCCUUAAUCUUCCUGUUUGUGCAUGGUGUUGAGAACAAGAGGUAUAGACGAAGCAAAAUUGAGAAUGAGAUAGAAAAGAUUACCACUGGCAUAUAAUAUACAAUUGUAUGUAAAUGUUCACUUUCAAUCAAAUAACCACACACAGAUGCUUACGCUUAAUGCACACAUUUCCACUUAUAUGCAAUGUGUGUGUUCGGUUGCACUUGGCUCAAUGAAUAGCAACCAACACACAAAUAUAAGUGUAUAUUUACUAGUAUGCUAUUCCGUAUCAAUCAUUCUCUUUCUGUAUUUGGUAGUUCUUUGUUGUUUUUUUUUCGUUUCUUUUCUUCGGCCUCUCGGCUACUGGGCGAUUCGAUAUUGACUAAACAGUUUCAGGAUUUGCGGAAUUUAAUCAAAUGUUUUUUUUUUCGUUGGUUCGGAAUUUCAGUUUAAACGCAUUCGUUAAGGAAAUCCAUAUUCAAUUUGAAUUUGAUACAAGAUUUGUUUGAUUCCCUUUGAAGAAUUCAAUUCUAUUUUUUCCUCGAAUAGAUUCGAAAUCUAAUUAAUUUAGUUAAAUUUAAUUUCAAAUCUUUAAGCGAAUUAGAAUUCGGAAAACAAUUCGAACUUCAAUUCGAAGUCAAGAUGGAAAACGAUAUUCGAAACUCGGAAUUCGAAUUUUGAAAAAUUUUCUUUCCAAAACAACAAUAGGUCACUAUGAGCUGGUGGCUCAAAUUCAAACUGAAACCCCAUAUUACAUAACGUUGUCAAAUAGCAAUCAAAUCAACACAUUCAAAAUUCGGUCCAAGUUCAAUGUUACACACACAAAACCUAUGGUGGAUCCUAUUUCUGGUGGUAUCCAUGUGCAGAAAUGGAAUAUGUUGCGGUUGGAUAAAUGGAUUUGCUGCCACACGAUAUACACACACUUCAGUAUAGUGUGUAACUUCAUGUGUGACUGAAUGUUUGGUUUUGAGUUCCACAUCAAAUUUGGUUUAUGAAACGACACAUCGGUUCGGAUGGAAUCAAAUUAAUCAAAUUACAUGCACUUAACAACGCAGUAGCUGCUAGUAUAGCAAAACCGAUAUAAAAAAUUGAAUCAAUGUUGAUGGCCCUGUUUUUUUAUUCACAAAUUCUAUUUGAAACUAGUCUGUCUUUACAUCGAUGUCCCGGUAACCGAUUUAUUUAUUUCAUUUUUAUUCACUGAACCCGGAAUAAAUUACUUCCGCAAUCAUCUAUUUUGUUCUUCUUUUUUUUUAAAUUACACUUUCCUCCCCCAAUUGAAAUGACAAAUCUAUCUAUGAAAAAAGAAACUAUAGUUGAUAUAAAUAAGCCAUCAGCCAAAUGAAAUAAAAAAAAAAAAAUUUAAGUAAAACAACAAUUUAUCGUAGUCGAAAAAUCGUAUGAAUAUUUAAUAUGUAAAAAAAUAUGUAGAAAAAUAACUCAGCAGCAAUAGUACGGAGACUGAGUAGGGAUAAAAAAAAGCAUUUAAAAAACAACUGACCAGUAAAGUGGAGAUAGUGUUGGAUGCUGGAUUUUAAAUGUCUAUGCGGGUUCGAUAAGGCAUUUAGGUGAAAACAACCAGAAGCAAAUUUUUGCCUCGGGUAAUGCAUGGGAGCUUCCACGGUGCGUUCACAGUUGGGAAACGUGUUUUCUAUUUUAUCCUUGGGAAAAUGGUUUUUUGGCCGGGGAUCUCGUGAAAACCACCCCCAGAGAUUGGUAAUUCGGUUUCUGGGAUUUUGAACAUGAUCCAACGCACUUAAGCAUUUGGAAUUUGGCAUGUUACACUAUCCAUAAUUGACUGGUGAACUCUAGUAAAACAAGAAAAAAAAAUCUAUUGAGAAUAAAAAAUGGUGACAAAAUAGUAAUUAGUAAAAUGAAGAGAAAAACACAAGUAGAUAAAAAUAAAAUGAAAUAGAAAUUAGAGAGAAGAAGAAACAAACAAACAAAUAAAAAAAAUCGUUAGCCUAAUUAGAGAAAUUCGCAAAGUGAUGGACGACGAGAGCACGAGCGUCCAGCAUGUAAUGUUUAAACGUAUUUUAUUUGCUCCUCAAACUGUUUUUUCUUCCUCCUCCUAAUUCCUUCUUACUCACUCACUAACUCACUUGAAAAAAAAACCUUUCGACUUUUUUCCUUCAAAACUUCUCGAAUUUGUUUCGGUUCCUCACGAGAUAUGCAAAUCUAUUUCAUUUCUUAAAAAAAAAACAACAACAAGACAAAAACAAAACAAACACAAGAUCUAUAUAUACAAUCGUUCUCUUAUACAGCUAAUUAAAAUAUAAGUGUGUGUACCAGCGUUGCGUCGCGUGUCGAAUUAAAUGUUUCCGAUGAUAUAGUAACAAUUUAAACAACAAACAAAAAAUGGAAUAAAAAAAUCGAUUUUUUUAUCACAAAACAAACAAACAAAAACAACACUUUUUCUUAAAUCAAAAAAAAAAUGUGAGAAGAAAGAAGAAAUGACAACAUUAAAAAAAAACAAUUUUAACGCCAGAAAGCCUAUCAAAUACUAUAAUAUACUCAUCCAUCGUAUAGACAAAUGUGAAAUCGAAUAAAAGUAUUAUAAAAAUUAUUAAUUAGAAUAAUAAUUAUUAACGAUGAUAUAUAUAUAUAUAUAUUUUCCACUGUUAUUUAUUUAUCGUACUCUGUUUUUUCACUUUUUCGACAUCGACACAUACCAAUUUCCGAUCUCGUUGAGACGGGACGAUGAGACUCGCCACUUAUGAGCGACGAGCACAAGUCAUGGAAUGGAGAGGUAUUUUGAAGGGGGAAUGAGAAUCGAUCCGUAAUUAUUCUUCUUUUUGAAGAUUGGAUAGAGCAAUGGAACGUCGCCGAUGGCUUGAGACAGAACAACAAUAACAUAAAACCAAGCGGUUCAACAUUCUCCAAUUAAAUUGCUCCUUUUCAUGCAAAUAUACGCUUUCAAAGCAGAAAUGAAUGAUUUUUAUCUUUGAUUCAAAUCUGUUUGAUUUGGCUGAACUUCAUUUCAAUGAACUUUGGUUGAAUUUCAAUUUUUUUCAACCAACUCCAUUUUAAAAUGUACGAUUUUUUUCCCCACUUGUGAUCGAUUUUGACAUGACUUUUUGGUUCAACUCUUGAUCAAUUCGAACUGUUUUGAACAGUGUUCAGCUGCUCAUGAACACUGUACAGUGUUCAACGAAUCACUUUCUCACAGAUCAAUUGAUCAAUUUCCCAACGGUUUUCGAUUCGAAUGAUUUUCAAUGAACAAUUUUCCACGUUCACUGUUCAACUCUUGUGUGUCCAACGAACGGCAGUCAUAUGGUGCAAAAGGUAAUCUCUUUGAAUUGAUGUGUGUAUUUUUGCAGAACAUGGGUUGUCAAUUUCGAUGAUGUUUGGGCUUUCGUCCAACUGUUUUUUUUAAAUAAAGAAAAACUCCAACAAACACGUAAGUUUUCCACACCUUCACACCGAUACUACCACCACCACCACCAAAAAAACAGUAUGAAAACUUUCCAAAUCACCCUCACACCUUGAAUAAACUAUACGUCUAUUCCUAAUUAAAGACAAUUUUUAAGCAAAAUUGGUUGAAUUGGUUAAGUCAAAUUACGACACAAACUAAUCAAAAAUCAAAAUUCAUAGCACUCAAUCCAUUAUAAUCCUAAAAUGUACUCAAAUUACCGAAUUUUAACAUCAAAUUUAAAUAUUUAAAGUCGAAAUAAAAUUACAUAUUCCCACAACAUUUUAAAAUCUCUAAAAUAAUAACAGUUCAAUCUUCAAUUGAUGGAAAUUGCUUCAGCUGUGUCAAAAUGGUUCCCUCAAUGUGAAUGAAUGUUGUGUUCCCUCAAUGUUUGAGGAGGUAAUUUGAGGAUCAAUCGCUUUAAAAAAAAAAAGGUGAAAAUUUGCACCAAAUUGCAUAAAAGAGUGAAAAUACUGCAUUUAAUGAGGCACGUGUUUUAAAAUUGUAUUGCUACGCCUGGUAAUUGUCAUCUAAAAUGGCUCAAUAUUAGAGAAGAAGAUAGACAUUAGACAAGCUUUGUUUACCAUUGUGUAUCAUUUUGUCAAUGUGAAUGGAGCGAGAUUUGAUGUGGAAAAAUUGCGAAUUGAACAUAAAAAAAAGAAUUGCAUUGAACAGGAAAGUGUGGCUCCUUUUGUACUCUGUUUGUUUCUUUCUUUUUCUCUUUCUCCCUCUCCCUCUCUCUCUCUCUCUCUCUCUCUCUCUCUCUCCUUUUCUCUUUUCUAUCGAACCAAGCGUUCAAAUUGAACCAUACAAAAUCUGAAGAUAUCACAAGAAAGUUCUUUUUCUGUGCCAUCCACACGAUUUCGUGAGCGACGAUGACUAAGAGCGAGAGAGAACAUUUGCAAUAUUGACAUAUUUUAUUGGUCGCAUCAUCCGAAAUUGCCCAUUUCGUUUUCAAUUUCCGCCAUUCUCAUAUCACUCGCAAGCACGCACACACACACACACAUUUCAAGACUGUACGUCGCCAUCUCCGUUUAUUUUCUCUCUCGAAGAGUAGAGUUAAGAAAAACGGCCACAUUUUUGCACAAUUUAUGGUUUUAUAUCACAAGUUUUCCAUUUUAAAUUUAUUUAAAUAGCAAAUGGAGCGAUUUUUUCGGCCGUUUGAAUUGAUCAAUGUUGAGUUUCUCAAAUCUACACUCGAUGUGAUGAAUUGCUUGUGGGAAUUGCCCCAUAACGGUUUGAAAGGAAGACAUUCUUGUUAAGGGAAAGGAAGACGUUUUUCGUAAUUGGAAAAAAUCUGAUUUCUCCGAAGCCAAACUCAGAAAAUCGAGUAUCAAAACAAGCGGAAAAGAAAUCGAAAAUUUUCAUUGAAAACCGUUUAGUUUGAGCUAUGCAACCAACCAUGUCUAUUCAUUUCAAUUUUGCCGACUGCUACCAAGAACCAAAACUCCAUCGGAAUCUUUUUUACACUUAGAACAUUUAUUUUCAAUUAAAUUAAGCAAAAACAACAACAAAAAAACAAGUUCAAUGAUUGACAAACAAUCAAUCGGCUCUAUGUUGGCUAAAUGAAGAUGCUAUCAACUCGCCGGCACCGACUUAAGACCGAAAAAAAUUGCACAAUCAGCAUUAUAUUUGAAUGAUGGCGCUAACAAAUAGAGACAUAAUGUCUAACAAUUUCUAGCAAUGUUCGUUAGAAUGUUCGUUCAACAAUGGUUCUAUGACACAUCAGGCAUUGUAUUCUAUUUUAUUGUACUUUAUUGGCCAAUUCAGUGCUACAUUUUUCACAAAAGCAGCGGGUUGAUUUCACGCUCAUUGCCCAUCGCAGCUCCAAAAAAAAAACCACAAAAAAUGAUAAUCAGAGUUUAGGACAAAAUUGUAUUUCUAGUUAACUAAACACGCAAAAAAACGUAGUUCGUAUGACAUUCAACUAAAAAAAAAACUAGGACUAUGAACGUAAUAUAGAAUUUAAAGUAUACAAAAAAACGGCACAAUUAUUUUGCCAAACAAGAGAUGAAAAUAUCGAACAAUUUGUUUAAUUUUUAACAAUCUUAUGAUGUCGACGGCAAAAAACGGGCUGUUCUUUUUUCGUGUUAAACGUCGACCUCAUAAUAAGACGUAGUUUGUUGAAUGAGACACUCUGAGGAUGGACAGUGGACACACACACACUCUCAACUUUUAUAUAUAUUUGGCCGAAAUCCCAGAUAAUAAUGGACGAAGAAAAAUUAAAAUCUCAUAUGGUAUUUCAGUUAACACUUAUGUAAAAUUUAUGUUUAGAACAUUAGAAAUUAUUUCUACUUAAUCAACAACAGAUAGUUUACCAACAAAUACCAAUCCAAUUAUCCAACAACGUGUAAGCAUUUGAAGACAAAACAAUAUACAACAACAAAAAAGAACAUGAAAGAAAUCAAAAAUAUGUUUAGGAUUACGCAAAAAAGCCGCCACUUGAGCUGAUUCUUUGACCAAACAACCAACACAAAACAAUAUUCAAGCAUCAAUUUUGGUUGUAAAUUUUCAAAAUCGCAAUAGAUAUGAAUUGAAUUGAACAAUUGCCGAUUUUAACACGAUAAUUUACUCCAACCCGGAGUUAGUCGCAUGUAUAAAUUCUUUCUUUUGGCAUUCAUUUUGAUGGAUUUUCAUGGGUGAAAGCCAUUUUUUUCCCAAAAGCCAUUAGAAUUUAGUUUUCAGAUUAGAAAAAGAAGAAAUUUUUGAACAACUGUAUGCAUAAAAUAGUGUCGAUUGGCUGAGCUCAAAUACGCGACCAAAAAUUUAUUUUAAGCAGAAAUGAAAAGCGUGAGAUCAAUACGUUGAUAGAUGAAUAGAAUGCUAUCAAAGAAAGUUUCUUUGAAAGGAACCUACGACGAGAUGAUUUUUAAAUGCAUUUGCAAGUGAUGUUAAUUGAUGUGAUUCAUCCUCAAUUCUUCAGUGUUAUCGGGAACUUUGUUCUGUUCUUUUGCUUAACUCACAUGCGGAAUAAAAUUCAAUCAACCAAUUCAAGCCAAAUAAAAUGAACACAAAAAAAAUAAAAUACCAAUUCUAUUGUGUGUUGAGCGCACAUUAACCAAUUUUUAAUUGAGGACAAUGAAAACAAAAACGUUUUAAAAAAACCUGGGCGACCUGAAACUUAUUAGCUAUAUAAUAAUAAUUUAAUUUAUUUAGAUAAUUUCCAUAAGUACAUCUUUUAGUUUGGUUUUAAAUUUAUCGAUUGAUUCUUCAUUUCCAAUAUUAACAGGCAAGCUAUUAACCCUCAACUGCAUAAGCCCGCCUUUUGGCGGGCAUCAUUUAAACACCUGUAUAAUGUGAAUCGUAAGGCGGAUGACAUUGCUUCAAGAGGAAUUUUUAUUAGUCAAUGUUUUUUCUUUAUUUUUGUCUUUGGCGUCAUUUGUCUAUGUCGUACGAUUGGUGAGUUAUAAACAAAAAUGUGCACGAAAACGAAAAUUUGACAAAAUAAAUUAUUCGGUUUCCAAAUUAGACAUAUUUUUGACACUUUUAAACAAUGGAUUUCAUUGUUCUCUGACUUAUUUCUAUCGCAUUUCCUGACUAAACCAUGGGAAAUCUAGGAUUAUGAAUAUUUUUUUCGUUAUCUAUGGCCAAAAAUCAACCAAAUACCAGUACUCCCAGUCCUAGGAAAAAUUCAUGCAGUUGAGGGUUAAAUAGGGAAAUCCCUUUAUAAAAGAGUGAAUUUUGGCUACAUGCUUUGGUUGCAUUUAUCAAUUCAAUGUUGUUGCGGCUUCUUAAUGUGUUUUUCCUUAUAUUUUGAUUAUUAUAGACUAUUCGUUCGGUUAAAUAUUGCGGUGCAAAUCCCUUUGUAAUUUUAUAAAUGAAAAACAAUGUAUUAAAUUUGAUUAGCUGCUCAACACUUAAAGCUGAGUUACUGAUUUAUCUUAAUGAAAGACAUUUUUAAAAUAACCAACCGAAUUCCUAUCCAUAUUUAUAAAUAUUAAAAGAAAUCUGUAUUGCAACAAGUGAAACCAAAAAGACAAAAUGAAAAAAAAAAAACAAAAUUUGCAAUUGCGAUCGACAAGAAAUUGUAUUUUAAAAUCGUGUAUAAAACACACUAAUGACUAAUAAUUUCACACACACAAUUUACCAUAUACACUCACACACUCUUAUUGGCUUAGAAAUAAUUAAAAACAAAACAGAACACUAAUAGCAAAUUAGCUUUGAAUAUGAAAAUGAAAUGAAGAAAAAUGUCUUUAACUGAAAAUGGAGGCGGUCAAUGUAUUCGGAAAUUUUGCAUAAAAACAUGUUGUUCAAAAUGAAUAAAAUUCGUUUCGGCCUUGGUUUUCAAUUCACAA